AUGCUCUUGGCCCGGCUAGCGGGCAUCCGCGCCCCGGCACGGCUGUCGACACUCCUCCUGAACCCCCACCGGGGCAGGGCUUGGGGAGCCUCCCCGGACCCGUGUUCUGCCCGGCGGGGCUGUGAACCCGGGCGGUGUGGGGCGGCAGCCGAGUCCUCUGGACGCCCCUCAGCCUCCCGCUGCCUUCAAAGGCCGCCGAGGUCGCCGUGGGGCGCCAAGGGGCCGGCGGCGGGAGGGACGGGGGCACCGUCGAGGGGCGGCGGGGAGCGGGCGGGGGCCGGGGAGGAGUCGGCCCCGGGGCGGGGGUCGGGCCGGGCCGGGGGUGGAGCCGCGGGCUGGCGGGUCGGGGCGAGGGGGAGCCCUUUCCUUCACGAGCGAGCCGGAGCCGGGGAAGGCGCCUCCGCAACUAUUCCUGCCCAGCCGGUGCCGCCCGCCGCCCGCAGCAUGAUCUGGAAAACUCUCCCGUUGCUCUGCGCCCUGCUGGCCGCCGCCCGCCUGCGAGCCGAGGAAGAGCCAAGGAGCAAAUCUAAGAUCUGUGCCAAUGUUUUCUGUGGAGCUGGGCGUGAGUGUGCAGUGACAGAGAAGGGAGAGCCAACCUGCCUUUGCAUUGAGAAAUGCCAUCCUCACAAGAGGCCUGUAUGCGGGAGCAAUGGCAAGACGUACCUGAACCACUGUGAGCUGCAUCGUGAUGCCUGCCUCACUGGCUCUAAGAUCCAGGUGGAUUAUGAUGGCCACUGCAAAGAGAAGAAGUCUGAGAAUCCAGCUGCAAGUCCAGUUGUCUGCUACCAGUCGGACAGGGAUGAGCUUCGUCGCCGGGUCAUCCAGUGGCUGGAAGCUGAGAUUAUCCCAGAUGGAUGGUUCUCCAAGGGCAGUAACUACAGUGAAGUCCUGGACAAAUAUUUCAAGAGCUUUGAUGACGGUGAUUCUCGCUUGGACUCCACUGAAUUCCUGAAGUUUGUGGAGCAGAAUGAGACUGCCAUCAACAUCACCACCUACAUGGACCAGGAGACCAACAAGUUGCUCAGGGGACUCUGCGUAGAUGCCCUCAUCGAGCUGUCAGAUGAAAAUGCUGACUGGAAGCUCAGCUUCAAUGAAUUUCUCAAGUGCCUCAGCCCAUCCUUCAACCCACCAGAGAAAAAGUGUGCCCUGGAAGAUGAGACCUAUGAGGAUGGAGCAGAGACCCAGGUGGAGUGCAACCGCUGCGUCUGUGCCUGUGGGAACUGGGUGUGCACUGCAAUGACGUGCGAGGGGAGGAAUGAGAAGGUAGCUGCUCAGAGACACCAACCUGAUCAAGAUUUGACUGAGGAGGAGAUGGCCAGAUACGUUCAGGAACUGCAGAAGCAUCAGGAGACGGCUGAGAAGACCAAGAGAAUGAGCACCAAGGAGAUGUAA